GUGACUUGCUCAGGGUCACACAGCUAGUCCCUAUCAGAAGUGGGACUAGAACUGAGUUUUGUGGGUCCUAGGGUGGCCUUCUAUUCACUAUGACACACUGAUUCUCUCAUGAUUUUAAAAAUGACAGCAAUAAAACUUUGUACAAUCUUUGGAUUUGUCAUCCUAACUGAAAUAUAUAGUGCAGAGGUUGGAAGUAUUGGUAUACUCUGCUUUCCCAUUAUAGAAGUGCUCCUGGAAAGUGGAACUAUAAACUGAAAUUCGUCAUUUUGAAUAUUUUAACUACAUUAGAAUAAGUCUCUACUGAAAAGAAUUCCAAGAAAGUAUUUUUUUUUAAAGUUCAACAUCCUUUUGAAAAACAAACAAUCAUACCCAAAUUACUGUGUAUUUGUAAGUCUGGAAUUCUGUAUUUUCAUAAAAUGAGGUAUUUUUGAAAAUGACUACUAAUAUAUUUUCUUCUUGGCACAAUUUGCAAUUGUGGUUUCUCUUCUCACAAUAUAAAUUAAGAGAGUCUAAUUUUGAUGCAAAUCCUAUUAUAUAUGAAAAGAGUUAGUAUGACUGUGGUCAGGUCAUUAACUUGUUUCAUGCUCAAUUUCCUUCUCUGCAAAAUGGUUUGAUUGGGCUAGAGAUCUCCACAUUCUCUACGAAUUCUAAAAUUCGGAAUUGUCCUGCACUUAAAUUUGAUAUGAUACUUUGAGGAAAGGGUGAGAAAGAUACAACUUGUAUUAUUUUUUAUUUUUUCCUUGUUUAGCAAACAAUAUAAUGUCAUUCUAGGGCUUUUGUUUCUUUUAUUUCUUCCUUUUCCAUUACAAUAAUAUCUAUAUUUCAGAUUUUCCCUAUGAGUGCUUAGUCUCUGUUACUGAAACAUUCAAUAUAGGGGCAUCUGUGUUUGGAAGAGAGAGGAACAAAUUGGAAGAGGGAGGAGCAAAUUCAGACUAAUAAUGUAGUCACAUAGAAGAUGCUAAUGGCCUUGGAGUCUGACCUAAUAAGUCUCUUAGAGUUUGUAGGUAAACUAUGCUACAAUCGAUCAUAUUUACUGUAUCAUAGAAUAGUUCCAAUCUUUAUACUAAGCAAACCAUCAAGCCAGGAGAUAAGCAGUUCACAUUUCCAGAAGCUGUUCCUGCUGUUUUUCCUAGCUCUUUUCCAUCCCAUCUCUAAUCAUUAAAAAUGUAAAGAGCUGGCUGCUCUACAGUCUGUUGAAAAAACAAACAAACAAACAAACUAUGAUCCUCUGGGAGAGGUUUAGUCAAGCUUAGUUCAAAGGAAAGGCUAAAGAAGAUAAGUAACAUGAACACAAUGUUAAAAAUUUGGGCCAACAUUUUAAAUUGAUUGUGAUAUUAAAUUUUUCUCAGUUACAAAUUGCUACUACUGCUUAAAAUGUUAGCCGGUUCAACAGAAUAAAUAAUGUCCAUAAUUGCGUAUACAUUAUGUACAAACUGACAAUCUAACAUCUGUCUAUAUUUAUUAUUCUUAAUUCCUCUUUAGUUUCCUUAAACCCAUGUGGGUUUAAAUAUGGCUAAAAUGUAAUUCUAAGAGAAAGGAACAGGAAUGGGUUGCCUGGCCAAGGACAUAUUUAUUCCAGACUGAGUUUUUCCACUCAGAAAUGGUUUGACUCACUCAAUUGAAUAGAAAAAAUAUUAUACAUCGAAUUAAACAUUUUUGUUCAGUCAUGUUUAACCUACUGUGCCCCCCAUUUGGGAUUUUCUUGGCAAAGAUACUGGAGUGGUUUCCAGCCUUUUCCUUCUAGAGCUCAUUUAACAGAUGAGGAAACUGAGGCAAACAGGGUUAAGUGCUUUGCCCAGGACUCACAACCAGUAAGUAGCUAGGCCAAAUUUGAACUCAAAAAGACAAGUCUUCCUGACUCCAGGCUUGAUACUCUAGCCACUUCACCACCCUGCUGCCCCUUUGAAUUCAAAUAGUCCAUCUACAACUUAUAAGAGAAAGUGUACCUCAUGGUACUUAAAAUUCACAGUUAAAAAAUCUUGGUGUAGGGCUUUCUCUGUAGUACCCUUUUCAAGGGACAACUCCUUGGGAUUUAUCUAUUAAGUUAUAGCUAAGUAUUUAGCAGUUAAUCUCACUAGGUAUUGUGAGGAUCAAGUAAUAUAAUAUUUGUAAAUACUUAGCUCAGUUCCUCACACAGAACAGGUUUAAUAAAUGCCCUUGUUUCCCCAAGUCACCCCACCCAAGCCUCGAUUUCUAAUUUUAAUCGGGGGAAGAAAUUCCAACAAUGACUAAAAUCUUUCCUAUUGUGCCAUGUGGGAAAAAAAAUCUUACUUAACAGAAUUUUCUCUCCUAAGCAGCAUCCACUGAGUGGACAAAACUGGGCUUAGAUGCUAAAUGGUUCUAGAAUGUGGAAGCUCAGGCUUGAUUUUUCACAAUUAAAUAGAAAAGGAAGGGGCAGCCAGAGAAGCAAAAUUAUAGCAGACAACAUAGUUUAAAUAAUGUACAACUAUGCGCUGACAUUACAAGACUGAUGAUUCCUAGAUUUCUUCUCUUCAUUUCUAGAUCACUUCUCGUCUUGUUCCGGCUUUUUCUUGACAGAUGAUCACUACUAUCCAAUGAUAUUAAAGAAGCCACACUUACAUAGCUCUGAGAAUGGAAGGUCGCCGGCUUUUUGGAGACCUUGGCUUAGCACCCCUAGAGAGGAAGCAGAGAAAAUGCAGCUCAACUCAAAGCUUACCGUAUGUGAUGUGCAUGGGACGACAGAAACCUUUGGAAAACUUUCCCAAUAUAAACAUCCAGUCAGACUAUUUUGGCCCAAAUCAAAAUGUUAUGAUUUCUUAUAUCAAGAAGCAGAAUCUCUUCUGAAAAAUUUUCCAAUUCAAGCUACAAUUUCAUUUUAUGAAGAAUCUGAUAGUGAAGAGGAGGAGGAGGAGGAGCUGAAUCAGGAUUCAGGAAAUGAAUUGGAUUGAUUCUUUUUAAAGGAACUCAAAAUGUAUAGCAUUAAAAUAUCAAUGUACAAAUGUAUCAUAGUGGUUUAAAAUAUAAUUUAUUUGUGUGUAAGUUAUUAAUAAAAUGUUAUAAUAUUUUGCAAUUGA